AUGGGCUUCAAGGAGUUGAUGAAGGACUCCAUCACGGAGAUGUUCACCUACCGCACGACCAAGCUUGUGAAGACGAACGAUCGAUUCUUAGUGACGCUGCACUUCAUAUUCAUGUCGCUCAUCGGGACCUUCGCGCUGGUGUCGAUCCUGCUGUCGCAUAAUUACAUGGUGUUCGAGCUCCCGUCGCUGUACACGAACCUGGGGUAUAAAAACUACGGCGAUAUUGUGACGGUGAACGAGGCGUACAACCAGCAGAUCGCGAAGAAUUCCACGGAGGCGUACUGUAAAACGGGAUACGUGAACUGGAGGCGGUCGAAUAAAAUUUUUGACGACGCGUUCAUGACGGGCGUUGACUGCGUGUCACACUAUCGUCCAGAGGAGUACGUGUGGCCGUUCGAGGAUGGUCGAGGUCUUAGGAUCGGUACUUUUGAGGAGGUUAUUCGUCUGACGAGAACGUGUGCGAAUACCGCGGCGAGCACGAUCACGGACGCGGAUUGUACCACAGGUACGGUGGCCAGCACGCAUAGGAAUAUGAUUGCGGGCGCCGACCUCAUGACGAUUCCGUUCAGCAUCAGAUUCCAACUGCGCAAAGGAUCUUUAGACGAUGUGGAUUACGUGUAUAUCGAUGGCGAAGAGAUUUCGGUGAUGGACACCGAUCCAACGACGACGCCGACGAAACUGCUACAGAUGGCAGGGAUCAACUCACUUGACGAAGAGAACUCAUACAUCGUCGGCGACCGUGGUUCAGUGACGGGCUUGCCGUAUCGCCUCUCCGGCAUACGUUUGAACGUUAAAGUCGUAUUCACAAAUACGUACUUCACUAAGCCGCUGAAAACGACCAAGAUUGCGACUCUGUCCGUGGAACAAGUGCCUGCGGACUUCUUCAACCAAAAGAAGACAGUUGAAUACCACCGAACCUCAAACGGCGCUGAUUACGAGAAAGAGCGCGUUAUUCACACUUGGUCGACGAUGACGAUCGCAUUCGUACCAUCGGGCGCGAUCGGUCAGUUCGAUUUAUUCGCUUUAGCCUUGGCCAUUACGAAUGCGUUCGUUCUUAUCGGUAUGGCGACGACCAUCGUGGAUUUCGUCGGCGUCAUGUCCUCGGAAACAUUUUUGGAUGACAAGUACGAAGACGAUGGUGAACGUCUCGGUUUAGAGAUGAUGUUGGCGAAUAUCGAGGGAGAUGACCAUCCCGGAGUGCCGUUUGACCCCAACGAUCUGCGUCUGAAGGAUGCGUCGGGACAGCAAGGUUUGAGUUAUGAAAAGACGUUGGAGCAGUUGUUGGAGGAGGUUAGAGAAAUUCAGGAGCAAUUGAGUCUGCUUCCGGAGGACGAGGCCGAGCUUCGCGCUAUCACCACGGGAAAAGCUGAGCCCGAUGAAUACAGAAAGCUGCGUUUGGUGUACAUUCCAGACCCGCUGUCCACGGAGGCGAACGACAAGAAAUAUGUACCUCCCGAGAUCAUGUUACACGACGGCAUGCAAACCAUCGGUCGAGGCAUGGGUGGGGUCGACAACAAGGGCGUGAGUCGUCAACAAUUCUCCAUAGCUGUCGUCAAGGAACGAAUAAGAAUGAAAUCUCUGCACGAGGGACCCGGAAUCUGGCGCCAGAGCACUGGACGCUGGCAGUCGCUCCAGGUGGGCAAAUCCGCAGUCCUGAGCGUGGGCGACCGUCUGUGCUUCCGUAUGCGCGAAGGGAAGAUGGGAGGUCACGAAGGCGUGUUUGCUCUCGAUUACCAAGACAGUCGCGCGGAGUGCACCGUUUUCGGGAUUCCCUUUCGAUGA